AUGAAUAUGAAAACAGAACUGGCUCAGAAAGUAAGAAAGCAGAUUUUUGAUUAUCUAGCCUCUGGAAAAGGUGAGUGAGUACAUACCUUGUGGAGUAAGGACAUUAUCUGGGUAGACUACCUUGUGGCCGUCAUGGAGAUCCUAGAGCUUUACUGUGACCUGCUGCUGGCUUCUAGUGUCUUUAUCCAGUCCAUAAAGGAGCUAGAUUAUGAUCUGGCUGACCUGAUCUGAAAUGCUUCUCAACUGCAGUCAGAAGUGGCUGAGUUAAAAAUAGUUUCUCGACAGCCAUGUGCCAAAUACAGCAAGGUCUAUGGCAAAUUGUGCAGGACCAGCCAGAUUGGUGUGAAGGAUAGGUUAAUGCACAAACUGAGUGUGAAAGCUUCACCCAAAUUCUUAGUAGAGAGACCCAUGAUUGAAAUUGCCUAGAAUAACAACGUACCCUAUGAUCCUAACUCUGUGGUCAAGGCAGAAGCUCCUGUUGGGGUGGAAACAGAUCUUAUUGAUAUUGGAUUUACAGAUGAUGUGAAGAAAGGUAGUUCUGGGAAAGGAGGGGAUGGUUUCACAGCUUCUGUUGGUGCACCUCAUGGAACAGCAAUGCCCAUACCUAUACCUAUGCCCUCUCCAAAUGCUCCCUUCUCAUAGCCGCUGCCAAAGGGACCAAUGGAUUUCAGGGGUUUGAGGGUGGAGAUUUACCAGGCCUUUCCUUACAUUCAUUCACCUCAAAUACCA